GAGGUGUGGUGAGAACUGGAAGCACUGAUUGUGCUGAUCUGCGCGCGUGUGCACGGCGCGCAUCUCCACUCUCCGUGCGAGAAGAGGUGGGACCUUCGGAAGCGUAUUUAAUGCCCUAACCUGACAUCGUGUUUCCUGGUGGAAGAAGAACAAGUGUGGACGCGGUUGGAGCAGCGUCGGACACGCACACACACACACAGACGGAGGAGCGAACAGCAGCUUCAGCGAUCAUGGAAAGUGAUAAUUCAAAGACACAGAACCACCAGAACCACGAGCUGGUUCCGCACAAGGGCUUCAAGCUCAUCAGCGGCACUCAUGACCCGGAUGAUGUGGACCAGAUUUACAACCUGGAGAUCAGAGACUCUGACGUGUUUGUCGUCACAUACCCUAAGUCAGGGACCAUCUGGAUGCAGCAGAUUCUGCUGCUCCUUGAGUCAAAGGGAGACGUGUCAGCCAUCAGGCAAGUCAACAACUACUCCAACGGCGAUCUCAUCCCCUGGAUCGAGUUGAACGGCAACAGACAGGCGUUCAUCACAGCCCCUUCACCCAGACUGAGAGUCACUCAUCUGCAGUACCAGUUCAUGCCUUCUGCUCUGAGCCACAAGGGCAAGGUGAUCUAUGUGGCAAGAAAUCCCAAAGAUGUCCUUGUGUCUUACUUCUACUUCCAUAAGGUUGCAAACAUGUUGGAGACUCCAAAGGAUUUCAAUGACUUCUUUGAGAAAUUCUUGCAAGGAGAUGUGUUUGGGUGCAGCUGGUUUGAUCACGUUAAGACUUGGCACGCACACAAGGAUGAUAUGAACAUGCUGUUCAUCACAUAUGAAGAAAUGAUUCAAGACCUGCAGUCUGCGGUGGAGAGGAUCGCCCUGUUCCUGGGCAAAGAGCUGACUGAUGAGCAACUGGCCAAUGUGGUGAAAUACAGCACCUUCAAUAACAUGAGGAAAAUCCCUCAGGCUAACUAUGAGCAGGUGCCUGGCGACCUGCUCAGCCACCAACAGGGAAAAUUCAUGAGGAAAGGCACCGUCGGUGACUGGAAGAAUCACUUCACUGUGGCACAGAAUGAGAGGUUUGACGAGGUCUUCAACAAGGAGAUGGAGGACUUUCCUCUGUCUUUUCUAUGGGACGUCAGUGACGUUGUCUGACCACUCAUGACCUUUCAUGGCAACAUUAUAAGAAGAAGAUAGUCACGGUUGCAGCUUCAUGAACUCUGUGUAGGACAGAAACAACAUCUGCUUCUCUGUUCCAUCUGUCAUAAUAGCAUCUUUGUAUAUGUUGACCUUUUUUUCCCAAAGCAUAGAAGAGAUUUUUUUUUUCCAUUGGUUUCCAUGUGUUUUAGUGUAAAAAAAACCCAACAACUAUGCAAAUCAGUACCUGGGUCACAACAUGUUGUAACAUCGAAUCAAUUAUUAUCUUGAGGUCAUGCAAAAGCUUUGUUGUGAUCUCGUCUGUCAAGCCUUGUCUCAUGGUGACGUAAAAAACACGGUCCCCCCUGUCGAAAUCCAUCUGCAAAGAAUAUGGUUUAAUCUGUUACAGCAGGGAUCGUGUCUGUUUUGCUGUUGUCACGGUUACAUUAUUGCUGCUCGCUAAUGCGGUUAAUACGCUCAGAAUCAACCCACGCUGACAGCAAUGUCAUAGUGGAACAUUCACUUUGACAAUAAUGAAAGCAAGCCUUCGUCCUCAGUAUAGUUGAUAUUGGAUCAAGGACGGACAGUUGUACUUGAUGCGAUUAGUAGUGAGCGAGUGAAAACAUGUGAUUAUGUGUGGCUGCUAAAUAUGCAUAAAUAUGUGAGUCUUGGUCGAUGGUCCUCAUGAUCAGACUCAGUGACAACAGUGA